AUGGUGGGUAACCAAGAAGGGUCCAGCGAGGGCCCCAUGUCGCACCUUGAAUGCGAUGUCAAGAAAGCCCUGGUCCAGAACCAGGCUCUUCACGACCUGCUGGUGCAGAGCGUUGCCCGCCUGAGUUGGCAGCAGAGCCUUAUCUUCUGUCUGCAAGUGCAGUUCUUUCAUCGCUUCUCACGGCGCGAUGCGGACCAGGAGCUUGAGUGCUGCAAAGCGAAGUCGCCGGCGGCAGAAACAUGUGCCGCCGAGGAGCUCGUAGCAGCAGAGGGCGGGCCUUCGACUACUGCCGGCCCUGCAGAGAGCAAGAAAGAUACCUCGGACAGAGGCACCGACACUGAAGACAACUUCGAUGAUGACUGGAUCUUCGUCUGUGACGAUUCGGAGGAGCCUGUGGCGACGGAGGGCGGGCCUCUAACUCCUGCGGCACUGUGGCUGCAGCCUCCGAUCUGCCACCAGAACAGCCAAGCAAGCGGGGAUGAAGCAUCGGAUGAGUCUCCCGCCGCAGAGGCGGUGGAGGGCGCGCCUCCAUCUGCUGCCGCACUGUGGUUGCAGCUGCCGAUCUGCGUAGACCAGCGCGAUGUCAGCGGCCAUGCGUCGCAAGAACCCAGUCCCCAAGAAGGCAGGCAGGAUGCAGCUUGCCAGACGCACGGCGAGGAGUCCGCGGCGACGGAGGGUGGCCCUCAAACUGCCGCUGCGCUGUGGCUGCGGCUGCCGAGCUGCCAAGACCAGCCCAAUCGGCCAGUCCGUGGUGCGACGACAUCUUCGCACUGCCCGUUUGCGCUCGCAGGCACCGAGGUCGGCGGUGGUGAAUGCACCCCCUCAGACCUUCAUGUGCCAAACCUGUUGCCAUUCCUGACCGUGCUGGAUUUGAUGAACUGGCGCCUGCUUUCGCGACGCACCAGAAGCCCCCAGGCCUUGGUCGAACACAUCGCCGAGAUGGGCAGCAUGGACAGGACCACAUCAGUCGUCGCUUUCGGAGACAUGCUGCGGGUGUUGCCAUGCAACCCGCAUACAUCCUUCGCGGAAGCCUUCGGAGGCGAUGCCGAGCAGCGGAAGUUCUACGAGUGUCGGUGUUGGUGCAAGGCCCUCGCGUCGAAGACAAAACCGCAUUUUGCCGAAGGCCACGUUCGUCGCAUUGUUGCCAAGAAUCUUCAAAGCUUGCUUUGGCACUGUCGGAGUGAGAAUGCGGCUGUUGCUUCUGCCGGAAUGACCGUUCUUUUGAACUAUGCUGCCGAUGGGCUCCCUUUCGUGCAGCAGCCUAUUGCAGCUACUUUGCUAUCCCUGCUGGAAGAUAUUAUUGUCGAGUCCGACAUAGUGGCCAACAUGAAGCGGAUAUCGCAAUGCAUCGAGGGGCUGCAGAUGGUGUUACGCUCGAUGGAGAGGCCUCAGCGUCGGAGGUGGGUGUCCCUUAUGGUCCACCUACUGUCGGACUCUCGUGUUCGCCGAGAUCGACUGCUUUUGCCACUGAACAUGCUGUGGGUGGCUGAUGACGACCCCAGGACAACUUAUAAAGAAUCAAGACGCGAGCUGAAGAUUCUGGCACACUCUGUCUCAACAGAUUCGCAGUCUGAAAAGGCUGACAUCAUGUGUCUCAUUCACAGCAGCUGA